UUUAAGCGACAUACGAGAGUCGUGUGCGCUUACAUAAACACAAGUGGUGGUCGUGCAUAUAAUUUUUUCAAAAAAAAAAAAAAUACGUUCCUAGUGAAAGUGGUAUAGUUGCAAAACGACCAUUGACCCAGUCUAGCGGCAUAUUUUCGGAAAAAUUAGGAAAACGAAAAUUCUUCUUUGUGCGGUAUGGUUAGUCAUUUUAACAUCGAGGGUGAUAAUUUGACAACAACUGAAAAACCAGUUGAGAAAAAAUCGAUUUACAAUCAAGAUGGCCGGCUUCAGUUUAUUAAUUUUGCCGAAGACGAUCAAAUGGAAAUUCAAGGGUUUGUCUUCAGUCAGCUGAGAAACAAUAUAUGCUGGGUUCUAUAUACGAUCACCUUGGGAAUAUUGAGACUUAUUUUUCACUGGUACCCGGUACUGCACUUAAAGGCGACUCAUCGGCAAUGCGACGUAAAAAUAGCAGAAAAAAUAUUGAUAAAGGAUAACUACAAUGGAAAAACUUGCAGCUACUUUGUAAAAAAAGUGAUAACUCUUAAAUGUGAUGGCUUGAAGGCAAAUCAGGAAAGCAAUUUAAAAAAAGGGUUAACAUUUAGGUUAGCUGAUGGACAAACUAAAGAAUUAGACCAAAUUCGAAUUUUCAGAUGCAAGAAACUAACCUACAUAUGGGACGAGGAAAAAGAUAAAUUUUUAAAACUGGCCGGGAUUGAAAAUGGAAUCACAAGAUCAGACUUGCAUAAGUACCAGGGACAGUCAAUUGAACAACAAAUUCAAAAGCGAAUAGUUUAUGGAAACAAUGAAAUAGUUACACCACAACAAACAGUGAUGACCCUUUUGGUCUUAGAGGCACUAACCCCAUUCUACAUAUUCCAACUGUUCAGUUUAUUAGUAUGGUUAUGUGAACAAUAUUAUUACUAUGCAGUUGCUAUAGUCAUAAUGUCUGUAGUGGGUAUCUCGACUUCAAUUAUUCAAACGAGAAAGAAUCAACAGAAUCUUAAAGGAACAAUCAAUUUCACUUCAACAGUAAUGAUCUGCAGACCAAAUGACGUUCAUGAGGAGAUUCCUACAACCCAGUUGGUUCCAGGCGAUGUAAUCCUAAUUCCACCACACGGCUGUGAAAUGCAAUGCGAUGCUGUUUUACUUUCUGGCAGUUGUAUAGUUAAUGAAAGCAUGCUUACAGGAGAAUCAGUUCCUGUAACCAAAACACCACUGGAUCAUCACGACACCUUAUAUAAUCUAAAAGAAGAUGUAAACCAUACACUAUUUUGUGGAACGAAAGUUAUCCAAACUAGGACACAUGGUAAUGAACUAGUAAGAGCAGUAGUAAUUAGAACUGGAUUUCUAACUACUAAGGGUGAAUUAGUUAGGAGCAUCCUUUACCCUCCUCCAGCAGAUUUUAAAUUUGAUAGAGAUAGCUACAAGUUUAUAGGAAUUUUGGCAUUUAUUGCUGGACUUGGGUUUAUUUAUACAAUUGUCUCCAAGCUAUCACGAUUAUUGUCUUCAGCUGAAAUAAUAGUAAAAGCUUUAGACAUUAUAACUAUAGUCAUACCUCCUGCCCUACCAGCAGCAAUGACUGUCGGAAAGCUAUACGCUAUUCAAAGGUUAAAAUCUCAUAAAAUUUUCUGCAUAAAUUCAAGAGUUGUUAAUGUGUCAGGGUCCCUGGACUGCAUUUGUUUCGAUAAGACAGGCACGUUAACAGAAGAUGCGUUAGAUAUGUGGGGAGUCAUUCCAGUUAAAAACGAAAAAAUUCUAGAACCAGUAAAAGAUAUUGAAAAAAUGCCUAGUUCUUCUGAAAUUUUUAGAGGAAUGACUGUAUGCCAUUCAUUAACAGCUAUUGAUGGUACUGUGGUUGGAGAUCCAUUGGAUAUUAAUAUGUUUGAGUCAACCCAAUGGGAGUUUGCUGAUGGCACAUGUUUAUCUAAGGAGGGUUUCGCCAAUUGUAGACCAGUAGCCAUAGUAAGGUCGCCCAAUAAAAAUAAUGAAGUAAAGGAAAUUGCCAUAUUGAAGCAGUUUCAAUUCUCGUCAGCUUUUCAGCGAAUGUCUGUGAUAAUUAAGUCUGCGGAAGAAUAUUUUGAAGUAUUUUGUAAAGGAUCACCUGAAAAAAUUAUUGCCCUAUCUAAAGAUGAGUCUAUACCAGACGAUAUACGUGAAGUUCUAAAGAAAUAUACUGAGAAGGGAUAUAGGGUUAUUGGUAUAGGUAGUAAAAGAUUACCCGAAACGUUUACUUAUGAAAGUAUAAGAAAAAUCCAUAGACACGAAGUUGAAAAUGAGCUUAAUUUCUUGGGUUUGCUGAUCCUAGAAAAUCCACUUAAGCCAGAAACCACUGGUGUCAUUCAAACGCUUAAAGAAGCACGACUAAAAGUUGUCAUGAUUACAGGUGACAAUAUACAAACGGCUGUCACCGUUGCACGUGAAUGUCAAAUUAUUAAUAAUAAAUGCACCGUUAUUGAGGUUUUAACUGAAAAGCCAACAAAACAUGAUUUUGCCAGUAUUAGUUACCAUAUUUUAAAUAACGCAACUGAAAUUACCUCAAAUGGAAGUAGUAUUACUAAGGACCCAGAAGCCGCAAUGCAAAACAAUCAAAAUUAUUGCUUUAUUGUAUCUGGUGACACAUGGCACAACUUAAAGAAAUACUUCCCAGAUUUGGUUCCAAAGAUCACUACUAAGGGAGUUGUAUUUGCUAGAAUGACGGGUGCCCAAAAGCAACAACUUGUUGAAGAGCUGAAAGGAUUGGGGUACUACGUAGCUAUGUGUGGCGAUGGAGCAAAUGACUGCGGAGCCCUUAAAGCAGCACACGUGGGAAUAUCCCUCUCAGAAAAUGAAAGUAGCAUAGCAUCACCCUUCACAUCUAAAGAACCCAACAUUUCCUGCAUGCCAAAAGUUCUUAAAGAAGGCCGAGCAGCUUUAGUUACUUCAUUUGGAGUAUUUCAGUUGAUGUUGUGUUAUAGCCUAACAGAAUUCGCAUCUGUGAUAUUAUUAUAUGGGAUAGACUCCAAUUUGAGUUCUUUGCAGUUUCUUUUUAUUGAUAUCUGCUUAAUUCUUAAUUUCACUUCGGUUUUUGGACACACGAAGGCAUACGAAAAACUAGCAAAAAAACCACCCCGCACCAGUCUUUUAAGUUUCAUUCCAUUGUGCUCAAUUACGUUUUUUAUGAUUUUGGCAAUAUUAUCACAAAUAUUUGCUUUUUAUUAUAUUCAAACUUAUGACUGGUUUGUGCCGUUUAAAUUUAAUCCGGCUCUUAGUGGCGUAACGUCAUUUUUUCCUAGUUAUGAAAAUUACGCAGUAUUUUCUACCUCUUUGUUUCAAUACAUUACAAUGGCCAUAGUUUUUUCCAAAGGCAAACCUUACCGAAAAAGUAUUUUUACAAAUAAAUUGUUUCUUAUUAGUGUACUCUUAAUGACCAUCUUUUGUGCAUAUAUAACCUUAUAUCCACCAGAUUGGAUAAUUUACGUUAUGGAGUUAAAAGUUCCAGUCCAUCUAGAAGGCAGGUUGAUGUGCAUAUGGGUAGGGGCUGUAACCUUUACCCUAUGUUACAUUGUUCAAAGUUUUGUGGUGGAAAUAUUUUUGGAAAGGCUUGUCGAACCUGUGAUAAUGGCUAAUUAUUGGAGAAACAAAAAGAAAUAUUUAGAAGUAAUACAAAUUUUAAAUAAUGAAGCUUAUUGGCCAAUGACCAAUUUAGGAGAAACUAAAGCAUGCUAUGAAAAUGAAAUUAAACAGCAAAAUGGUAUUGAUAAUAGUGCUUUCGUUAAUUCUUAAAGUAUAUUAGACUAGGUUAUAUAGGUUAUAAGUAAUAGUAUUGUAUGUUAUAAGGUAGUGAGUUUUAUACGUUAUUUUAAAAUGUAUAAUCCUUACUGUUGCAAUUAUUAUUUAUUAAAAUUUUACGUUACAAGUU